AGCUAAAAUUGAAACACAUCUCUGUGACUAACCAUGGUUUCUGCUAAGCGUCCUCUUGUGGGUCUCCUCUUCGUUUGCUUCCUAGUUUUGUCGUUCACGCGUCCCUCUAAUGGCGAAGGGAAGGUCGGUAUCUAUUGGGGUCAGGCUGUUGCCUCGUCGGAGGUAGUAGAAAGCUCCCUCAAAGAAACUUGCGCCACCGGCACCUUCGGCUACGUCGCCAUUUCCUUCCUCGACAUCACCGCCGACGGUAGCGCCUUCCUGCUCAACCUCACCACCCACUGCAACUCGCUCACCGGCGACUGUACCCAGCUGAGCUCCGAGAUCACCUACUGCCAGGAGCUUGGGGUGAAGGUCCUGCUCUCCAUCGGCGACGUUCCGCGGAGACUCAACCUGACGUCGGCGGCAUACACCCAGCCGGUGGCGGAGUAUCUGUACAACUACUUCCUGGGGGGCAACUCGUCUUCUCGCCCCCUGGGAGACGCUGUGUUGGACGGCAUCGAAGUUAUCGUCGACGGCGGGUCCCCGAAUAUUUAUGAGGGCCUCGCGGAGUACCUGAAGGCGUACAGCACGACGGAGAGCCCCAUUUUCAUGGCGGCAGCGCCGCAAUGCGACUACCCGGAGACGUUCAACUCAAGUUCGUAUGACAUCGUGUGGCCGCAGUUCUAUAACGACGACUGCAGCUUGACGACGUCUUGGGAAGAGUGGGCGGCGAAGACGGAGGCCAUCAUGAUCGCGGUGGGGCUGCCGACGGCGGAGGACGCAGCGAGCGGCUACAUGACGGCGAACGAUGUGAUCACUCGGGUGCUCCCCUUGGCGAAGACGUCGCCCAAGUAUGGAGGAGUGAUGCUGUGGAACAGGUACUGGGACAUCUCCAAUGGCAACUACAGUGCGGAGAUCAUGCCUUACGUUGUUGGGCAGUCCUCUUCCAUAUUCUCCUACAUCCUCCAAACUGUUGGUCUCGCUCUGUAAUAGUUAACUAAAAGUCUGAGUUUCUGGCACCGCGUUCCCCAUCUUCUUGGGUCUUCCCAUUCCUCCCGUCGUCGUAGCCGCGAUGAAGGUUCCGAGGAUGAAGAUGUGAAGUAAAUAAAUUUUACUUUCUGCA